GAGCAUUUUUUAGUCGGAAGAAUCAAUCGAUAUGAAUAAUUGAAAGAUGUCAGUACGAAGUGCAUUCGCAUUGGUAUUAUUGCUUUUUAUUUUGGUGGAAUGGUCGCAGUCGAUGCCAACGAUGGAUAAAGAUAAAGACAGAUUUUUGAAGAAUGUAGACUUGAUAGACGACGACGGCAGCAUCGAGACAGCCCUAAUAAAUUACCUGUUCACCAAGCAGAUCGUCAAGCGCUUGCGCAAUCAGAUGGACAUCGGCGAUUUACUGCGUAAACGAAGUUACUGGAAGCAAUGCGCCUUCAACGCCGUGUCCUGUUUCGGCAAAUAGAUACGUAGUGGAAUGAAAAAAAGAGCAAUGCACACCACCAAGAGGAAACGCACCACCGUCAGAAAGUUCAGAAAACUGAAAUUCCAAGAUUUUUAAGGAACGCUUUGAAUUUUUAUUUCUGAACAAAUAUCAAACCUUAAUAUUGAUAAUAAUUUCUAAUCAUUUGUUUGUAUAGAAUGUUACGCAUAAUAAUUACAAAACAACAUUAAAAAUUCGAUUUCCAAGGAGUAAUUCAGUUUGUCCAGACAGCAGACAAUCCGAAGUAACUGAUCGAAACAUUAUUAAUUUUGGUAGGAAUAUAUCUUGCAAACAUAACUUUUAGCACAAGAAAGAGAUAAGUUUAUAAGUUUAGGACACGAUUAUUUAUACAUAGCUAUAUUAUCAAACUUUCCAACUCUAUAAGGUGUACGGCGAGAAACGAUAAAGAAAAAAAACAUACUCUAUCACACUAUCUUGCAAACUAGUUGACUUAAAGCUUUCAAGAAUAAAGUAGCUGCAAAAGUCUUGCUGGCUGUUUGCGAACUCCUUUGCAUCGAUGUUCCUGACGAAGAUAAUAAGUGUAAAAUAGAAGUUUAAAGAGAAUAUACACACAUACAAAAACUCUAUAUUAUAACGUUAAACGUAAAACUAUCAAUAUAAGAGUGUGAAAAAGGGUCGAAAGAAAUCAAAGGAUGCAAUCGUCCGCGAAUAACAUAUCAGAGGAUAUCAGGGAACACAUGCUACGCCUGUUUUAAAACAAGUAUUUCGUAGAGGUGUUUUUUCCUCUUCUUUUAACGCGAACGAAAUUUCUAAUUCUUUCCGGUAUUGUAUCUGUUGAACUUCAUAUGUUUUAUAUUUCUACUGCCUCUAUUCUUUAGUAUGGCGUAUUGUACAAUCUACCACUAAUAUAAUCCACAUUUAGCGCGCUGUUUGUAAAACGUCAAUAUGUGUUUAAUGAAUGCGUAAUCUCUCAUUUGUUUGUUGUCAGUGUCUCUCGUCUGUGUAUACGUUAAAACUGUGCAUAUUCUAUGAAUAAUUAAACUGUUAUAAUUGAA